CAUCCUCUCUCCUCCUUCUCAGCACCCCAAAAAGCCAUCUCUGCCCCUAUAAGCCAGGACCUUUUGUCUUUGUGGUUGCCCCCCUCUCCCCGCCACCUGGCCCUUCCAGCGCCUUGUGGGAUCAAAGGCGGGAGGAGGAUUAGGUUCUGCAAAUGGCUCCCCCCCUCCCCGCCAUCCUGCCUCCCUGUCUUAGUCAUCUCUGCCCUCCGCCGCCUUCUCCCUCCAUUACAAUCCCUUUGCCAGGCCAAGGGGAGAACGACAUUGACAGACGCCCUCCACCCAGGGGUGGCGGCAGAGCAAGGGGCCGGCUGCUCAGAAAAGGAUCAGAAGCUGUUUCUCCCCCACCCCCCUUCCCUUCCUCAUCCUGCAGCCCGCGCCUCCCCCCACGGCCGCGCUGCGCACGGAUGGCGGCUGGAACCGCAGAGAAGUGGGAUCUUACUAUAUAUCCUGUACUGCUGUAUCACUGAAGCCAGACCAGCAGGCUGGUCAUCACCUACUCAGAAAUGCAGAAUCUUAAGCUCCACUCGUGACCUGCUGGAUCAUAACCUGAAUUUAGUAAGAACCAAGUGCCCCAGAAGAUUCCUGGACACAUCAAAGUUGGAGAAGCUCUGGUCUACCUUAUUAUAUACAACUUGCUUUUUUAGUAACAGUAUGUCUUUGACAUAUUUCAGUGUAAGAACCGACAGAUCGGUCAUGUUUCUUGUUCACGGCUGCAUGUUUUCCGGCUUGGCAGUGCCCUGUUUUUGUUUCCUGGUCUGCUCGAAAUGGAUGUGCUGGGCUUGAAGAAUGGAUGAAUAAAAUGCCACUGUGGGGUGUAGAGAAGGGUUGAUGUUCUGGACAAAAGGACCAGUAUAAACAAAGCUAUGGAAUCAGAAAGGAAAUGGACCUGAAAUCUACCCUGGCCUCAGUUUCCCACAGAUUUUGCAUAACCGGUACUCGGGGAGUGAUCUCGCGAGCGGCCAGCGGCACCCGAACCUCCGGUCCUCCAGAGGGCGCUGCCCGGCCCGGCCGGCAGACCAGCUUUCCGAGCGGACAGGCCAAAGUGGAGCUGCCGGAGUCCUGGAACCCCUAUCCGGAGUCGCCUGGCCCAUGCUCUGCCCGCCCUGAUGGUGGGGGCGACGCGAUAGCAGAGGGGCUGCGGGGAGGAGGCCGUGCAGUUCCUGCGGCCAAAGCUGCGCGGGGAGCCGCCAUGUUCAACCAGCAACUGCAGCAGCAGCAGCUCCAGCAGCAGCUGCAACAGCAGCAGCAGUUGCUGCAGCUCCAGCAGCUGCUCCAGCAGUCUGCACCACAGGCCCCACUGCCCAUGACCAUCAGCAGGGGGCUCCCCCAGCAGCAGCCACAGCAGCAACUUCUGAACCUCCAGGGCGCCAGCUCUGCCUCCCUUCUCAAUGGCUCUGUGCUACAGAGAGCUUUGCUUUUGCAGCAGUUGCAAGGACUGGACCAGUUUGCAAUGCCACCAGCCACGUAUGACAGUGUUGGUCUCACCAUGCCCACGGCAACAUUGGGUAACUUCCGUGGCUACAACCUGACAGCCCCCGGCCUCACACACCCCCAGCUGGCCACUCCAAAUCUACAGCAGUUCUUUCCCCAGGCCACUCGGCAGUCUCUGCUGGGCCCCCCUCCUGUUGGGGUCUCCAUAAACCCCUCCCAGCACAACCCUUCAGGGCGUGGCCCCCAGAAACAGGCCCGGACCACCUCCUCCACUCGCCCCAAUCACAAGGAUUCUUCUUCACAGACGAUGCCUGUGGAAGACAAGGCAGACCCCCCAGAGGGGUCUGAGGAAGCUGCAGAGCCCCAAACGGACACACCAGACCAAGAUUCCCCUCCCAGCCCAGAUGGCAUCACUAAGGAGAAACACACUUCAACACGUGAGCCAGAGUCCUAUGAGGCGUCUGAGCCACCAGCCAAAAGGUCAAAGAGGUCAAAGGAGCCCAUAGAGAAGGGGCGUUCAGGGCAGCUGCAGGCAAAGGUCCAGCCACAGGCCCGGAUGACAGUACCGAAGCAGACACAGACACCCGAGCUGCUGCCUGAGCCACCAGAAGCCCGAGUGCUGCCACGAUUCCAGCCACGGGUUCUGCAGAUCCAGGCCCAGGUGCAGCCACAGGUGCCACCAGCAGAUGCCCAGGUGCAGCCAAAGCUGCAGAAGCAGGCACAGACACAGACCUCUCCAGAGCACUUAGUGCCACAGCAGGUGCAGCUGCAGCUACAGAAGGAGGUGGAGCCACAGAAGCCGGUGGAGCCACAGAAGCUGGUGCAGCCACAGGUGCAGCCACAGGCACAUUCACAGCCCCCAAGGCAGGGGCCGUUACAGCUGCAGAAGCAGGCACAGACCCAGACGUAUCCACAGGUCCAGGCAGAAGCACAGCCAAAGGUCCAGCCCAUGGAGCAGCCACUGGACCAGACCCAGGAGCAGCCGCAGACCCAGCCACAGGUGCCAGCAUCGGAGCAAGUGCCAGUUCCAGUUAAUUCCACUGUGCAGGAGACACCACCUGAUACGGUAGAAGCUGGAGCGGGCCUGGAGGAGGCCUCAGCAGAGCCGGUGGGUGCCCAGGUCAGCGUGGAAGAGAGCCAGGAAGAGCUGACCAGUGGUCUGGAUGUGGGAGAAUGUGAAAAAAGAGCAAGGGAGAUGCUCAGGAUGUGGGGUGCCGGGGGCUCCCUGAAGGUUACCAUCCUGCAGAGCAGUGACAGCCGGGCCUUUAGCACUGUACCCCUCACACCCGGGCCCCGUUCUGGCGACUCCACCUCUGCCACCUCUGCUGCCACCAGCACAUCCUCUAAGCAGGCCCUCCAGUUCUUCUGCUACAUCUGCAAGACCAACUGCAGCAGCCAGCAGGAGUUCCAGGACCACAUGUCGGGGGCCCAGCACCAGCAGCGACUUGAGGAGAUCCAGCACAUGAGCCACGCCUGCCUCCUGUCCCUGCUGCCCGUGCCCCGGGAUGUCCUGGAGAGAGAGGACGAAGAGCCUCCUCUGAGGCGCUGGUGCAACACCUGCCGGGUCUACUACAUGGGGGACCUGAUCCAGCACCGCAGGACACAGGACCACAAGAUCGCCAAACAGUCCCUGCGACCUUUCUGCACCAUUUGCAACCGCUACUUCAAGACCCCCCGCAAGUUUGUGGAGCACGUGAAGUCCCAAGCGCACAAGGACAAAGCUAAGGAGCUGAAGGUGCUCGAGAAGGAGACAGCUGGCCAAGAUGAGGACCACUUCAUCACAGUGGACGCUGUGGGCUGCUUUGAGGGCGAUGAGGAAGAGGAGGAGGACGACGAUGAAGAAGAAGAAGAAAUCGAGGUUGAUGAGGAAUUCUGCAAGCAGGUGAGGUCCAGAGAUAUCUCCGUAGAGGAGUGGAAAGGCUCAGAGACCGAUAGCGCCAACACUGCAUAUGGUGUGGACUUCCUGGUCCCUGUGAUGGGUUACGUCUGCCACAUCUGCCACAAGUUCUACCACAGCGACUCGGGGGCGCAGCUCUCUCACUGCAAGUCCUUGGCCCACUUCAAGAACCUGCAGAAAUACAAGAAGACCAAGCACCCCAACCCCACCACCACCACCACCACCAGGCCCGUGAGCCGCCGGUGUGCGAUCACCGCCCGGAACGCCUUGACUGCUCUCUUCACCUCCAGCAGCCGCUCACAUAUGCCGCCCGGCAUCCGGGACACAGCCAAACCUCCCAGCAAGCCACAGGGGUCCUCAUCCCAGGAGACAGACAGGCGCAUUGGUGUUGGAGACCCGUUUAAUGUGGACCUUCAAAGCCUGGGCAGAGUGGAGAGUGCCCAGAAACUGGGCAGGCAGGCAAGAUAGAGGGCCUCAACCACCACAGCCAUUUAAGGACCAGCUCAAAACGCCUCUUCUUCCAAGAAGCCUUCCAUGGUCUCCACCAGAAACCAUCACUUCCUCUUCCACAGCCAAUCCCAACCUGCCUCUCUCAGCAACACUGUCCCUUAGGACCCAAGGUCUGGGCCUGUGCCCACUGCGGGACCCAGUUCUGAGCCAGCCUAUGACUCAGAUACACUCCACUGCCGGCUUAGGACAAAGGGGAAGUGGCUGGCAGUUUUGGAGAAGGCCAGAGCUGGAGGAAUGUGUCUGGGAUAUGGGUGCAAAUAUGUACGCAUUCUGGAGGCAAAGCACCCAUCACCCAGAGCUGGCAAACCUCACAGAGGCCAGAGUCCUGGAAGGUCUGCUGGAUCUUACAGUCCAACCCCCUGUGGUACAGAGAGGGAAACCAAGGCCAAGGCCCAGGAAGGAAGGGACCUGCCCAGAGUCCUCCAACUGGCUGGUGGCAGAGCCACCAGCUCGGGGAGCAGGGACACUUGGAUUUCAGUCCCAGCUCUGCUCCAUCUCAGCAAGUUACAGCACCUUUAUAGAAACGGAGGAUAAAGAACUGGGUGUCUGUGAGAAUUCAAACACAUCAAGAACUCAGGGUCUGGCCACAGUGUGGUCAUCAUCAACAUUUCACAUUCUGUGUCCUGAGACACAGCCAAAAGGAUGGGGGAGAUGGGUUUCUCCACACCACUGGGGCAGACUUGAUUUGCAUCAAAGGUACAUCUCAGUUCCACGCUUUUGCCUCUCUCCUCCCCACUGUGCUAACUCCUGUGACUCUGCCAGCAUCCACUCAAUGUGACUCCUGGGAGGCCCUUCCUGAUGCUCCCACCACAGCUGCCAGCAUGAUUACACACAUCUGGCCACUGUUCACCAGCAGUGCCCAGGGCAAAGCAGCCAGCCUAACACCCUGUGCGAGGUCUUCUACCUCUAUUAAAUGCAAACCCUGAGUGAUGAAAGUGUUAUAAAACUAAUGUGGUAAUGGAUGCACAACUCUGUGGAUAUUCUAAAACCCAACUAACUGUACAAUUUAAGUGGGUGAAUUGUAUAGUAUGUGAAUUAUAGCUCAAUAAAGCUGUCAGCAAAACAAAACAGAUUCCAUACUUACCCCAUAUUUACUAAGUCCUGUGCUCUAAGUUAAUGCACCAAUCUUUAUGACACAAAGAGAAUAACCACUUAAUGAACACUUGCAUGCUAGGAACCUACUAAGUAUUUUCCAUUCGUUUUUUUCAUUUAAUCCUGACACAUCUCAAUGCAGGAGACACUAAUUAUUUUACAGAUGGGGAAACUGAGGCUCCAGAGGGUGAGAAGAAAGUUGAUGGUUCUCUCUCCAAAGCUCACCUCCCACCUCCCGCAGUGCUGUGCAGAGAACAGGCUGCUUUGUAAGCAAGUCACAUUUGCUAGGGCUCCAGGCCACACCAGAAAAGGUGGCGGGGGAUGCUGACUCAGCAAGGCGGGCGCGCCCCCCAAGACAGCCCCUUCUGCUGAGCCAGGAAGGUCCACCGGCCCCGCCCCCUAAGGGGCCUCUGUCCACACACGGGCUGAACGAAGUGGUUGGAGCAAAUCCCAAAAAGCCGACUGUCCCUGCGGAGGCCUCAGUUUCCCCAUCUGUAAAAAGGGGCGGCUGCCCAGUUCUCGAAUGCUGCUGCCGUUUCCAGGGACUUACUCGCAGGUGCUCGCCCUGAACCCAGGGACGGCACCUGCAGCCGCAACCCACCCAGGGGCGGGGGAUUGAGAGGGCUCUGCAGUCCCUUCCAAGCCCCUAUCCCGGCACCUAGUCCCCUUCCCAGGAAGGUACCACUGAGAAAGCAAAGGUCGUUUCAGUAGUCGCCCUG